AUAAGUCGUAAAUUUUCCGGCACAACAGACGCAAUCAUUUUGUUGACGGAGGCGCGCGAGGCUCUGCGUAGUGAAAAUCAAGCCAACAAAAUAAUAAAACAAACCUCUUGGCAAUUAUGUAAAGUGUCUGCGCAAGAAAUUUGCAAGCGAAAAUGAAUAAAAUCGUGGUACCAUAAAACGAAACUCAAAACAAACAGCAACUGAAUAAAACAACAACAGAGAAGAACAACAAAAUAAAAGCAAGUGCAAGACAAGCAAAACAAUAAUCUCUCGAAAAGUGCUAACAAUUAAAACACAUUUAACAACAACAAAGACAAAAAUAAACAAAAAAAAACACAACUUACAAAACUUGAAUGUCACGCAAAAUGUUGCAAGUGCCGGCAGCAACAUUUUUAUUGCUGCUGCUGCUAACUGCGACGGCAACUGCAACGGCAACAGCAACAGCAGCUUCUGCUGACAGUGACACAACAGCCAGCAGCAUCGCAGAGCGGCAAAUUGAUGGCAGUUUGAAGAAUGCCAAGCUGAUUGAGAGCAAAGUGCUGCCCGAUUUGGCUGGGCUGCAGUCCAAUCAGGAAGAUGACAAGUGGCAGCACAUUUACCGGUUUAUCAACGAUGGCUUUCCUGUUUUGGAACUUUACGGCUACAAGACCAAGACAGACACACCUUUUACAUUGAUAAUACCCAAAAUCGAUGUGCGCAGCAUUGAGAAGCCACGUUUGAAGGAAUUCAUGUUGGAGCAUUUGGUGCCGGGUAAAAUCUUUGAUAGCUACAAUGCCCUUACCAAUGGCAGAGAGGAGGAGGAGUCAUAUGGUAAUGGCAACGGACAUAAAAUCGUUUUUCGCAAAUUGGAAAAGUCCCAUAACAAUGUUUGGCUACUCAACGGACAGCAAAUACUCUACAAGCUGCGUAUCAAUGAGCAAUUGAUGGUCAUUGGAAUUGAUGGCUAUUUGGGUGAUAGAAAAUCGCCCUAUUCGAAGCGCAACAUACAGGAAACGAAUAACCGCUACAAUGACCCACAGCCGCUGGAAGAGCCAAACAUAACGAAUGCACAUGCCAAAGUGGAGCCCAUUAUUAAGGAAUCAAAGGCGAGUCCAUUGAUGUCAUUUCUGGCCAACAUGAAAACGGGCACAAAAGUGUUCCAGCACUUUCUAUCGAAAUCCAAUCUGACACGCAUUAUGGAUGAUAAUGCCUAUACGGUGCUUAUACCAUCGGACAAUGCCUUUCAGCGCUGGCAUCCCAUCGAUUGGGGCUUCUAUCCAUUCAGCGUGCCGGAGUUCACAGAGAGCGUAUUGCGUAAUCAUUUCCUGCCCAUGCAGCGGCCCCUACGCCUCUCCGACGUCAAGAACAUGGACCAAAUGGUUGUCCAUACUAUGGGUGGCGAGAAUGUCGUCUUCCAUGGCCAGCCCACGCCCACUGUGAAUAAUGUGAGCAUUAUGUCUGAUUAUACGCUAUCCAAUGGCAAUCAGGUGUUCAUUAUAUCCGAGGUGUUAUUUGUCUCCGAGGCUGUGGUUUCCAAAUUGCAUCAGAUGCACAAGGAUAAGGAGACACCGCCGCUGUUGGCAUUCCCGUGGUUCGGCGCACAAUUUCUAUCGCACUCGUUUCUGGCCUUGGAACGUGAUUCGAGAUUCACGCAAAUUACAAGAUAUCUGAACAAUGCGGAAAUAGCGCCCCAUAUCUCCGGCGCAAAUUAUACGUUCUUCGUGCCCGAGGACAAAGCAUUCGAGAAGAUAGGAUUCGACAGACUCUCCGAUGAUGUUAUGGCCUCGCAGCGUGGAAUUAAAAUGCUACUGAAUCACUUUGUGCGCGGACGUCUGUACAAUCGGGACUUGAGGGAUAAUGAGGUGUUCGAAACGAUUGGCGGGGGUCAUCUGAAGAUCACACGCAAUCCGGGCAGCAAUUAUACGAGCGUGAACAAUGCACAGAUUACGGAGAGCGAGGUUUUUGUCUAUAAUCUGGGCACCAUGUACUAUAUAGACGACAUACUCUAUUCGCAUAUGCUGCGCGAUCAUAUUACCAAAUCGACCAAAACGAGAUCGGAUCGAAAUGGCGGUGAGGCUGGCGGAGGAUCACGGAGCACCAUGCGACCCAGCGAUGUGGAGAUUGUGCCGAACGAAUUCGAGAGCGAGCACAAUGGCGGCGACUAUGCCAUCCAUGGCGACGACGAAGACUUUGAGGAUGAGAUAAUAACGCCAAAAGCGUUGCCCGUCCAAAUCUACGAAUUGCCCAAAUAGAUUGAGUUCGAUUUGGAUUGAGUGCUGCGCUAAUCUGAAACAUAUAUAUACAUACAUAUAUCAUUUGAUCUAAGUGGGAUUUUUUGCUCUAACAUAUAUAUAUAUUUAUGUGGGUGUGUUGACGCAGUGCGAGCGUUUUUGUAUAGUUCUCAGCUAACUUUUUGUAACGUAUUUUUUGUGUCUAGUUAGUUUUUAGUUUUGUGUGUGUACAUUUUAAGUUUAGCAUUGAAAACGAGGCGGUGAAACGAAGUAUACUACAACAGAAAUAAUAAAAGAAACAAGAAUGGCAACAACUUUAUAUAUAUAUACCUAAUCCUAGAGAACUUGUCGGCAAUUUCAAUGAAGCUUGUAGAACUACGUAGCGACAAAUUGCAAAACUAAACAAAAAAAUACGAAAACUUAGAAACGGAAUUUAAACAAAAAUACAAAAUAUAAAAAAAAUACGAAUACUAAAAGAUAAAUUCAAUAUAUACGUAUAUUAAAAAAUAUAUAUAUAUAUAUACUUGUGCAAUUAGACGCUCUUUGGGUAUUUUGUGCUUUUUUAAGAGUGAACGUAGUGAAAACAUAUCGGCUAAAAAAAAAACAUUUAAAUAUUAUCGGAAAUGUAGCGAAAAACUAAAAAAUAAAUUCCAAUUUGUCGUAGCCAAGCGCAAUAGUUGUGAAAAAUAUCGAAUAUAUAUAUAGACAUA